UUGUAAAAUCUUAGGAGUUUGUCAUCAACCAAGUAGAUCUGAGUCACGAACAUUUUCUGGAAAAAAAAUGGCUGACUUCUCGUCUCUUUUGUUCUUUUUAGUCGGAAUCGCCUUCUCUCAAGCAAGUGUAAUCGACCUUACGAACGAAAAUUUUGACUCGAUUGUAAAUGGCGAUAAAUUUGCAUUUGUUGAAUUUUACGCACCCUGGUGUGGUCAUUGCAAAGCUCUUGCACCAACAUACGAGAAGCUAGGAGAAGCUUUUGCUAAAGCUGAUGAUGUCGUUAUUGCCAAAGUGGAUGCCGAUGCAGACAAAACUCUUAGUUCCAGAUUUGGAGUUAGCGGUUUUCCUACCCUUAAGUACUUUCCAAAAGGAAGCACAAGUGCUGAGGACUAUUCAGGUGGGAGGGAUAUUAAAGAUCUUGUGUCAUUUAUUGAGGGUAAAAGUGGUGCCAGAGCCAGUAAGGCUAUCUUCAAGGAAAAUGUUAUACAACUGGAUUCUUCCAACUUUGACUCAGUGGCAUUGGACAAGACAAAAGAUGUUUUGGUCGAGUUCUAUGCCCCAUGGUGUGGCCAUUGUAAAAACCUUGCCCCUGUGUAUGAGAAAGUGGGACUUACAUUCAAGAAUGAACCAAAUUGUGUUGUAGCCAAAGUUGAUGCUGAUGGAGAAAGGACUUUGGGUGAAAGGUACGGUGUGAGUGGCUUCCCAACUAUUAAAUUCUUCCCCAGAGACAGUGAGGAAGCAGAAGAGUACAGUGGAGGCCGUAGUGAACAAGAUUUCAUAGACUUUCUGAACGAAAAGUGCAAAACCAAAAGAAAAUCUGGUGGAGGAAUUAGUGAUGAUGCUGGAAGGAUUGACAAAUUUGAUGAGUUUGCCAAGGAUUUCAUGAGCAAUGUGGAUAAACGUGAUCCAAUCUUGGAGGAGGCCAAGUCCCUCAUUGAUGCACAAGAGAAUCCUAAGGAUGCAACCUAUUACACUAAGGUUAUGGAGAGGGUGCAGAGUAAAGGAGAUGCCUUCAUCACUUCUGAAAUAGAACGCUUGAACCGUCUACUUGAGGGGGCCAUUAGUGCCAAAAAGAAUGAUGAGUUUAGUGUGCGCCGCAACAUCUUAAAACAGUUCAAGGUUGACACUGGUAAAACAGAGCUUUAGAGAGCUCUUUUGCAUGAUUUUUGAUGCCAUCUAAAAUUUGUUUGCACAAGCUAUAUUCCUGGCUUGAAUGAAUGCUUAACACAAUAACUAGGUUCUAAUAUAUCAUUUUGGUUAUGGCCAUGUCAAAGCAGAGAUGUUUCCAGAAUGGCUGGAAAAGCUUUUAAUGAUUAGUUUUUGUACUGUUUUUUCUGGUGUGUGCGUGAUAGAAAUCUUUGUAUAUUCAUGUCGUAUUCUGUUUUUCACCAAUUUCUUAAUAUUAACUUCAGUACUGUUUUUUUUGGUUGUUUGCAAUGGACUUGCUAUUAAAGAACUUUACAUUAUGUUUUUA